AUGAAGUGGUCUUGGUUAUUAUCUUCAAUAUUAUUUUUUAUUUCGAUUUAUUUAUCGUCAACUCAAUUUAGUGUUUAUGAUCAAACAGUUUUUCCAUUUAGUAUUUAUAAUAUAGAUGGAAAUCCAAAUAAUAUUAUCACUGAUAUUCGUUGGUGUUGUGUAAAUGAACGUGAAUAUAAAAAAUGUCAAUCAUGGUCAAAUGCAUUAUCAUCAUCAAAUAUAACAUUAUCAAAAUUAAUUUGUAUAACUGGUUUAGAUAAAUUUGAUUGUUAUAGAAAAAUUUUUAAUGAUGAAGCUGAUUUAAUGACUGCUGAUUCAGGUGAAAUUUAUACUGUUGGAAGAUAUUAUAAUCUUGUACCUAUUGCUAAUGAACUUUAUGCACCGACUUUUAAUGGUCCAUCAUCAAAUACAUAUUAUUCAGUUGCUGUUGUUCGUGCUGGUUCAUCAAUAAAUUUAAAUAAUUUACAAGGUGCUCGUUCAUGUCAUUCAUCAGUUGGUUCAUCAUCUGGAUGGAAUCAACCAAUAUCUCAAUUAUUACGUGAUCGUCGUUUAAAUAUAAUUGAUUGUAAUAAUCAUGUUAAAUCUGCAGCAUUAUUAUUUGGUUCAAUGUGUGCACCUGAUGCAUUAAAUAGACAAUUUAAUCCAACAGGUGAUAAUCCAUCAACUGUUUGUGAUCUUUGUCAAGGUACAAAUGGAAAUACAUUUUGUACAAAUCAAGAUCCAUAUGCUGGAAAUAUUGGAGCAUUAAGAUGUUUAUUUGAACAAGGUGAUAUUGCUUUUGUAAGACAUACUGCACUUAUUGAAUUACAAAUACGUGAUCCAACAUUUCCUAUUGAUCAAUUUCAAUUAUUAUGUACUAAUGGACAACGUAUGCCUUGGCAACAAUUUCAACAAUGUAAUUGGGGAAUUUCACCAUCAUCAGCAAUUGUUGUAUCACAUCGUCGACCAAAACAAUUACGUGAUAUUUAUCGAAAAGUUUUAGUUGAUUCAGCAAGAUUAUUUUCAUCAAAAAAUCCAUCAUUUCAAUUAUUUAAUUCUCAACCAUAUCAAUCAAAUGAUUUACUUUUUUCAGAUUCAGCUAUUGAUUUUAAUUUACUUGAUGAUAGAACAUCAUAUUCGAAUUAUCUUGGAAAUGAAUAUUUAUCAAUGUUAUCUCGUUUAUAUGAAUGUCCAUUACGUGUAUUACGUUGGUGUGUAUUAUCAAUAUAUGAAAAAGAAAAAUGUCGUUUAAUGAAAAAUGCAUUUGCACGUAAAAAUAUAAAACCUGAUAUUGAUUGUGUUUCGGCUAAAAAUGCAAUUGAAUGUAUGUCUAAAAUUCGUCAAGGUGAUGCUCAUAUAAUAACAGUUGAUGCAGCUGAUGCAUAUCGUGCUCAACGUUAUUAUCAAUUAGUUCCAUUAGCUGCUGAAGAUUAUGGUGUUGAUAUGGAAUCAAAUGUAAUGUAUGCUGUUGCUGUUGCUAAACGUACUGAUUUAACAAGUAAUUUAUGGAAUUUACGUGGAAAAACAAUUUGUUCAACAGCUAUUGGAGAUCUUGCUGGUUGGCAUGUUCCUGUUGAUUAUUUAAAUGCUAUUAAAGAAUUAUAUGUUACUAAUUGUCAUAUUAAUAAACACGCUGGUGAAUAUUUUGGUCAAAGUUGUGUACCAGGUUCUCUUGAUUAUGAUUAUAAUAAAUUAAAAACAAAUCCACGUGCAUUAUGUUUAAGAUGUUAUGCUAAAGGUUCAGAUUAUUGUUCACGUUCACAUCGGGAAAUGUUUUAUGGAAGUUCUGGAGCAUUUCGUUGUUUAACUGAAGGUCGUGGUGGUCAUGUUGCAUUUGUAAUGCAUACAGCAGUUAUAUCAAAUACAGAUGGACGAAAUGUUGAUCAAUGGGCUCGACCAUUACGUGCUAUUGAUUUUGAAUUAUUAUGUAAAAAUGGAACACGUAAAACAAUUGAAGCUUAUAAAAGUUGUCAUUUACUUCGAGUUCCAGCAAGAGUUUUAAUGACAUCAAGUUUAUUACCAGAUUUAGAUAGACUUUAUAUAUGGAAUAUGCUUAAUUUUGCUCAACAAUUAUUUGGAUCUGAUACAAAUAAAGAAUUUACAAUGUUUCAGUCAUUUUAUGAACAUCCUGAUUUAAUAUUUCUUGAUGCAACAGUGCAAUUAACACGUUUAACAACAAGUCUUGAUGAUUAUCUUGGUCCAGAUAUAAUACAAUUAUUACUUCGUACUGAUCCACGAAUGUAUUUAACAGAUAAAUCGAUAUAA